AUGCCCAAACCCUCCAAGUUCAGCAAGUCAAAACCCUCAGCACAGCAACAACCGCCAGCCAAACCACCCUCAUGGCCGCCCUUUAAGCCUCCCCUCCCCGUCGCCUACCUGCAACCAGAGUAUCACCCCCAAACCCAAAAGAUCGCCCUGAUCUCCUCCUUCUUCCCCCGCUCCCUGUGCAGAGACUACGUCAGCUUCCUGCGCACCCUGCCGCUGGUCACGACCCCCGGGAAGCCCAAGCGCGGCGAGGCCGUCCGGGUCAAUGAUCGCUUCCAGGUGGAGGACCCGGACUUUGCGCGCAGGCUGUGGGAGGACACGGGAUUGAAGGACGUGGUGGCCGACGGCGACUGGAAAGAUGAGUGGGGCGGCGAGGUCGUGGGACUGAGUCCCAACAUUCGCAUCUAUCGGUACUCAAAAGGGCAGUACUUUGACUGUCACUACGACGACUCAAACAUGGUCACACUACCGCAGCGUGAAGGACCACCUCUAUCGACCAAGACGACGUGGACACUCUUGCUGUACUUGACGUCAGCUGCCGAGGGCUGCGAGGGCGGCGAGACGGUGUUCUACACCCAUGACCGGCAGACGCCCUCGGAGGAGAUCGCUGUGCCAUUGGAGACUGGCAUGCUUCUAUUGCACAAGCAUGGCGAUGACUGCUUAUUGCAUGAAGGACGGGAGGUUCUUGAAGGGGAAAAAUGGGUCCUGCGCACCGAUAUCUGCGUACACAGACAAUGA